UACCCGAGAGUUGGGGAAAAGACUCCGCAAGCAGGGCGUAAGUAGGCGCGUCCCGCUGGGAGAAAUCCGUCCGGAGUUUGGGGAGCGUGGGAGAAAUCCGGGCCCUUCACUCCAGAAAAGGUCUCGCUGCCCCGCCUAGCGCCAAUAGAAGGCCAAAGACCCAGGAUGGAUAAAUAUAAAGCUCUGGAACAACUGCUCACAGAACUUGAAGAUUUUCUGAAGAUACUAGAUAAAGAGAACCUCAGCAGCACAGCUGUAGUCAAAAAGAGCUUUCUGGCUGAUCUCCUUCGCCUGUGCACAAAGUCAAGUGGUGGUGAUGAAGAAUACAUUUAUAUGAACAAAGUGACCAUCAGUAAACUGCAUGGAGAACCAGAGAAAGCCAACAAAGUGUUAGGUCACAGAGAUUCCUUGACUAAUGGAGAAAUGGAGCAGCAUUUGUAUCCUCCACAGAAAAGUUUGCCAGACCUUCCACCUUCAAAAAUAAUUCCAGAAACAAAACUACAUUCAGGCCUCAAAACUGAAUCUCCAGAAGGGUACUAUGAAGAAGCCGAGCCUUAUAGUGUUUCUAUGAACGAAGAUGAAGCUGUCAGCAGCUCCUAUGAAUCCUACGAUGAGGAAGAGAGCAGUAAAGGCAAGUCAGCCCCUCAUCAGUGGCCAUCCCCUGAAGCAUCUAUUGAACUUAUGAAAGAUGCCCGGAUCUGUGCUUUUCUCUGGCGGAAGAAAUGGUUGGGCCAGUGGGCCAAGCAGCUUUGCAUGAUUAAAGACAACAGAUUGUUGUGCUACAAGACUUCCAAGGACCAUAGUCCUCAGCUGGAUGUUAACUUGGUAGGCUGCAGUGUCAUUCACAAGGAGAAGAAUGUGAGAAAACAGGAACAUAAGCUGAAGAUCAUCCCCAUGAAUGCAGAUGUGAUUGUCUUAGGUUUGCAAAGUAAAGACCAGGCAGAACAGUGGCUCAGAGUAAUCCAAGAAACAAGUGGCCUCUAUCCAGAUGGGCUGUGCGAAGGAAAUCAGUAUGUUCCAGACUUCCAGCGGUUCAAUAAUCCAAAAAUGGAGCCAUCAGAGAGAUAUUUGGGGGCAUCAGAGAGUGGAAGCAGCACUGAUGGUCACAUGGAACUGAUGGAAACAAAGGAUGCUAAGAAGAAAUGCACACCUGGGUUAAAACUGAGCAACCUGAUGAACCUUGGGAGAAAGAAAUCUGCCUCCCUGGACAAUCCAGAGAGAUCUUUGGAUACUUGCACAUAUUUAAAUGUACUAGUGAACAGCCAGUGGAAAUCCUGUUGGUGCCAUGUGAAGGAUGGCCAGCUCCACUUCUACCAGGACAAAAACAGAAACAAAGCAGCUCAACAGCCUUUGAACUUGGUGGGCUGUGAAAUUAUCCCAGACCCAAGUCCUGACCAUUUCUACUCAUUUCGUAUCCUGCACAAUGGUGAAGAAUUGGCCAUGUUAGAGACAAAGUCUUCUGAAGAAAUGGGCCACUGGCUUGGUGUCCUUUUGUCAGAAUCUGGCUCUAAAACAGAUCCCGAGGAACUUACUUAUGAUUACGUUGAUGCUGACAGAGUUUCCUGCAUUGUCACUGCAGCAAAGAACUCAUUAUUCUUAAUGCAGAGAAAGCACUCUGAACCCAACACUUACAUUGACAACUUGCCAAAGAGAAUGGGGGACCAAGAAGAACUCUAUGAUGAUGUGGACGUUCCAGAGGCAACCAUGGAUGCUGUGCCUCCAAAUGGAAGUAAAUGUGAUGGGGAACAGGACAGAGUCUAUUUAGACCUCACUCCGGUAAAAUCCAUACUGCAUGGUGCUGGCCCAAAGCAGGGCCAGUCUCCUCCUUCAGUUUCUCCACCUUUGCAAAGAUCUAUGAGCAAGAGCUCAGAGGACUAUGAGAAAAACUCAGCCAUGCUGCAAAAAGAAGCAGAUCUGAACAGAAGUGCAAUGGAAAUUCCAGAACAGAGGCCUCCAGACAUAGAUGAGCUGCCAUCUCCAUGGACAGCAACAGUAAAAAUCCAGACACAGCAGCAAAUUGUAUUUCCUCAGAGUGACACCACUAUGGUUAUGGGUGCACCAAAGGAAAAAAUGGAAAAGCCCAAAGUGAUGAAUACAGCCCCCGUAGAAACAAAACUAGGCAAGAACAGGACAGAGGCUGAAGUGAAGCGAUAUUCAGAGGAGAGAGAUCGUUUGGAGAAAGAUAAAGAAGAAAUCCGCUCUCAGCUGGCAAAGCUUCGAAAAGAGAAAAGGGAGCUGAAAGAGAUGCUGAUAAACUGCUCAGAUAAGAAUAAGUUAUCUACAAUGGAACAGAAGCUGAAAGAGAUAGAGGAAGAAUGUAAGAGGAAAGAAGAUCGGCGUGUUGAUUUGGAGCUCAGUCUUGUUGAAGUAAAGGAGAAUCUCAGGAAAGCAGAGUCUGGUCCAGUUACACUUGGCACCACAGUGGAUACCACACACCUGGAAAAUGCAAGCCCCAAAAUGAAAGUUGCCAAUCCUAUGAAUAACCCAGAAAACUCACCUGUCAAUUCAGCAGUGGCACUAAAAAACCGUCCUUUAUCUAUCAUGGUCACAGGGAAAGGAACAGUUUUACAGAAAGCAAAGGAAUGGGAAAAGAAAAGUGCUAGUUAGGAAAUCCUAGCCUCAAGAACAGACUGAAGACAAACCAGCUCUUUGUGGACUGCAGAAGCCUACUGCCAGUAGCAAAAAUGUCCAGAUGAAGAAAGGGUGGCGAGUGGGGAACUGUAUCAUACUGUCUAGAAGAAACGAUGGACCUUGGCCAGACCCCGGCAUGGCCUUCCUUAGACUAAGGCUAUUGCUCCUUUUAGCAGACUUGCACUGUGUAGCUGAGACAGUUAACCAAGUGGAAACAGUACUUCAAACCCCACUGGUGUCCUGAAACUGUUGCUGUACAUAAGGAAGCUUUUGUGUAUGUUUUAUCACUGCACAGUCUAGGAUUUGUUGUUAAAGAAAUCCUGGUGGCUUUUAGUUGGAUCUGUUUAAUGUUCCUGUAGCAUACCAAGGCAUGGCAGGAGACAGAGGAGGUAAAGUUGAGGCCCAUAUCAGACAUUUCUUUGGGAGAGAAGUUUUCCUAACCAACAAUGAGAAUUGGAACAAUACUUCUGUGCACUUGCAACUAAAUGCAGCUGUUCUGUAGAAUACAACCUAAUUUCCCUUCCACAUGAGGAAAUGGCAGGUGCUCAAGUUCAAAAGUUCAGCUGGCAUACCAGGCUUAUUUGGAUGCCCUAAUUUCAGCUAUGCCCAUGCCUGUGCAUUGUUGUUGUUUAUUCGUUCA